UCACAGCCGUCGCCAUUAAAGCUCCCAACCUAACACCACCACUUACCUGAAUAUCUCCUUAGUUUCAUCCUUCAAAGACUCUGUUUGAAUUUCUUUCCCAUGGCUGUUUACCCCGUACUCCUCGUCUCCACCCUUUUCGUUUCAGUCCAACUUUCAGUGUCCCAAUUCGAUGAUUUUAUCUACGAGGGUUUUCGAGAUCCCAAAACUAACCUGACCUUAACAGGCGUAGCCCAGAUCGACCACAGAGGAGUUCUUCAGCUAACCAAUGAUACCAGCAGAUUAAUCGGCCACGCCUUUCACUCUUCUCCGAUCAGAUUCAAGAACUCCACCGCCGGUGCCGGCGUCUACUCCUUCUCGACAGCCUUCGUCUUCGCAAUUCACCCAGAGUACCCCAAGCUCGGCGGCCAUGGCUUCGCCUUUAUAAUCUCGCCGGACAACAAUCUCAGAUCAGGUCUCCCCAGUCAGUACCUCGGAAUGCUCAACUCCUCCGACAUCGGAAAUUCCUCCAACCACAUCUUCGCCGUCGAAUUUGACACCGUCCGAGACUUCGAAUUCGACGACGUUAACGACAACCACGUCGGCGUAGAUCUCAACAGCUUAAAAUCCACCCAAGCCAAGCCGGCGGCGUACUUCGCCGGCGCCGGAGAAUUACCGACUGAAAUCAAUCUCAAAAGCGGAAAACCAAUCGUAGCCUGGAUAGACUACGAUUCAACCACCAAUUUCAUCAAUGUCACAAUCUCCCCAACCUCAUCCAAACCUAAAACCCCUCUCCUCUCCUUACAGUCAGAUCUGUCCCCAAUUCUUCACGAAACUAUGUACGUCGGCUUCACAGCUUCCACAGGCCUCCUCGCAAGCGCACAUUACAUCCUCGGUUGGAGCUUCAAAAUGAACUCUAAUGGCGGAUCCCAAUUUCUAGACCUAACCUCUCUCCCCUCCGUUCCAGGCCCCAAAAAAAAACCUAAUUCCACAUUCAUCAUCGCCCUAUCAAUGGCGGCAAUCCUAUUCCUCCUAAUUUCAACCCUAAUUGCACUUUACCUAAUCCGAAAAUUCAAAAAUCGCGAAGUAAUCGAGUCAUGGGAGCUCGAAAUCGGCCCGCACAGAUACAAAUACCACGAGCUCAAAAAGGCGACCAGAGGAUUCAAAGACAGCGAGCUUCUAGGGUUCGGCGGAUUCGGCAAAGUCUAUAAAGGAAAAUUCCCAAAUUCCAAAACCCUAAUCGCCGUAAAACGAAUUUCUCACGAAUCGAAGCAAGGCCUCCGCGAAUUCGUGUCGGAGAUUUCCACCAUCGGGCGGCUCCGCCACCGGAAUCUCGUCCAAUUGCUCGGUUGGUGCCGCCGCGGCGCCGAUCUCCUCCUCGUCUACGAUUUCAUGCCUAACGGAAGUCUCGACAGAUUUCUGUUCGAUAAACCUAAUUCUGUUCUUAAUUGGGCUCAGAGAGUUUUGAUCAUCAAAGACGUCGCUUCGGGCCUUUUAUACUUACACGAAGGUUGUGAGCAGAUCGUAAUCCACCGCGACUUAAAGACAAGCAACGUAUUGCUCGACGGCGAAAUGCGCGGCAAAAUUGGCGAUUUCGGACUUGCAAAGCUCUAUGAUCACGGCUCGAAUCCGAGCACGACCCGCGUCGUCGGGACGUUGGGUUAUUUAGCACCUGAGCUGCCGAGGACGGGACGUGCGACGACGGGAUCGGACGUGUUCGCUUUCGGGACAUUAUUGCUAGAAAUGACGUGCGGGCGCCGCCCAAUCGAGUCGAGACCUGGGGGCGGCGACGAUUCCGUGUUGGUCGAUAUCGUUUGGAAUCAAUGGCGGGAAGGACGGAUUCUCGACGCGGUAGACGCUCGAAUGGAGGGCGAUUUCGACGAGAAUGAGGCAGUCGUAAUUCUUAAGUUGGGGAUCAUGUGCUCGAGCAACGAUCUGGCGGCGAGGCCGUCGAUGCGGCAAGUGGUCAGCUAUCUCGAGGGCGAGACGGUGGUGCCGGAGAAGUUGCAGCCGCCGUCCGCCCCCGGGGACGAGAAAGGGUUCGAGGAUUACGUGCAUUCGUACGCAUCGUCGUCUUUCGACAAGACGAGUAGUUCGAUUGUGGAUCGGAGUUUCCCGUCGUUCUCGACUUCGCCUCUGACGCCGCUCGGCGGCGCUGAGGCGGCGCGAUGAUGGAUUGACGGUUGGUUUCAUAUUGUUAGUUGUGUCAAAAGAUUCAAAAGCAUUUAUUUAUAUAAACGCAAAGAUAAAAUUAUUAAACAAAUAUCGGUGGCGGAACCAGAGAUUUUUUGUCGACAGGGUUUAAGGGUAUUUUUUGUCAAAAAAUUAAAUAUUUUUAUCAAUUUGAAGUAGAAUUGAUGGUAAGAAAUGUAUUAGUUUGUUUGGGAGUUUGAAUUUGAAUAGUAA